AUGGACACCGGUGGUCGAGGUAGAGGUAGGGGGCGCGGACGAGGCCCGGAGGGAGAGAAUGAGAACGAACCCGACCAAGUAGCUACAGCCAUUCAGCGGAUGGCUGAUUUAUUGGAGAGAAUGGUAAAUCAACAAGGUCAGGGACAGGGUCAACAUGCUGGAAACCCUGGGAAUAACGCGGGGAAUAAUGAUAGAGAGGACCGUGCGCUAGAACGGUUCCACAAGUUUGCCCCUCCUAAAUUUGUAGGUGGACCAAAUCCUGACCUAGCCGAGGGUUGGUUAGACAGUAUGUUAGAUAUCUUUGCCGCACUUGGAUAUGCAGAGGAGCGGAAAAUUUCUUUUGCAGUUUUUCAGUUUGAGGGAGCUGCCCGGGCUUGGUGGAUUGUAAUCAAGGCCAAGUGGGAGCGGGAGCGGACUCCCUGGACCUGGGUUAACUUCACCCGGGAAUUUAAUGAAAAAUAUUUUCCACCGAUAGUACAAGAGAGGCGGGAAGAUGAAUUUAUCCGCCUGCGCCAAGGGAUGUCAAGUGUGGCUGAGUAUGAGACUCAGUUCACCAAACUGUCCCGUUUUGCUCCGGAUUUGGUACUUACGGAGCAAAAACGACUUCGCCGCUUUAUUCAGGGAUUGAAUGUGGAACUUCAGGAGGCGUUAGCGGCCGCGCCAGGCAAUCACACAUCCGAUAAUUGUUGGAAGCAGAGUUCGGUGCGAAAGUGCUUCAAGUGUGGUAGCUCGGAGCACUUGAUUGCUCAAUGCCCCAACCUGCAGCAAGAACGAGCCAGUACCCCUCAGUCAACAGGAGCUGCAUCCAAGCCCGCUAAUGCAGGGGGAAAUCGACCUAAAGUGCCAGUCAGGGUAUAUGCUAUGGGUCGACAAGAGGUGACUGACCCUUCGGCAGUCAUCGAAGGUACGCUUUCUCUUUUUCGGCGUACCGCGAAUGUUUUAAUUGACCCUGUUGCCACGCACUCCUUUGUUAACCCUGCAUUCAUGGCUUAUAUCGAUGUUAAUGCUGAAAAGUUACCGUAUGACCUAGAAAUCAAGACCCCUGUCACUAAUAAGAGUUUACUUGCCAAUAUGGUCUAUAAGGGGUGCGAGGUAUGGAUUGGGAAACGAAAAUUAUUGGUGGAUUUGAUAAUAUUGGCUCUUCAGGGGAAUGAUGUCAUACUAGGUAUGGACUGGUUAGCCAAAUACCAUGCGCAGUUAGAUUGCCGCGCUAAAACAGUUGAUUUUCAUAUACCGGGUGAACCUACACUCCAACUUGAUGUUCGAGGAAAGUUAACCUCAGCUACUCUUAUUUCUGGGAUUAAGGCUAGGAAACUGCUAAGUAAAGGGGCCCGAGGGUAUUUGGCAGUAUUGAUUAACACUCCGCAAGAGCAGUUAAAAGUUGAAAAUGUUCCAGUAGUGUGCGAAUUUCCUGAACUCUUCCCUGAAGAACUAACGUCACUACCUCCGGAAAGGGACAUAGAAUUUAAGAUUGAUGUGCAUCCCGGAGCAGAACCAAUUUCGAAAACCCCAUACCGAAUGGCUCCUGCAGAACUUAAGGAGUUAAAGACUCAAUUACAGGAACUGUUAGACCGGGGAUUUAUACAGGAGAGCGAAUCACCUUGGGGAGCCCCGGUAUUAUUUGUCAAGAAAAAAGACGGAGGAUUACGGAUGUGCAUAGAUUAUCGGGGGCUGAAUAAUUUGACUAUUAAGAAUAAAUAUCCCUUGCCCCUUAUUGAUAAAUUGUUUGAUCAACUGCGAGAUGCAGUUGUUUAUUCGAAAUUAGAUCUCCGGCAGGGAUAUUACCAAUUGAGGAUACGCAUGGAGGACAUACCUAAGACCGCCUUUAAUUCGCGGUAUGGGCAUUUUGAGUUUGCAGUAAUGCCCUUUGGGUUGACUAACGCUCCAGCCGCAUUUAUGGACUUGAUGCAUCGAGUCUUCAAACCAUAUUUAGACCAAUUUGUGGUAGUUUUCAUCGACGACAUUUUGGUCUACUCUAAGACUCGAGAGGAUCAUGAGCAACAUCUAAGGUUAGUACUGCAGACCCUUAAGGACCAUCAGCUGUAUGCGAAAUUCAGUAAGUGUGAGUUUUGGCUGGAGAAGGUGUCCUUUUUAGGUCAUGUGAUCUCGAAAGAAGGGAUAGCGGUGGACCCCGCUAAG